CCUCAAUGGCUAAGCCACAAGCUAUAAAUUAAGCUGCAGACAUCUCAUCCAGUAGUCCCCAACAUUUGGAUUCGAAUGUUGAGAGAGACAAAGAGAGAGAAUGGCUACUCUCCUCGCUCUCUAUUCAUCUUCGUCCUCUGCUUUUCUCGCCCCUGUAAAAACCCUAAAAAACGUCUCUUUCUUAAAAGCCAAAAAAACCCUCCAUUUCGAAAGACCACUCUCGGUCAACUCCCUCCUUUCCUCCGAAUCUGACCCCCUACCGCCGGCGGUCCAAACCUUCUGGCAGUGGCUCCGUGAGGAAGGAGUAGUCUACUCUGAGACUCCGGUGAAGCCCGGCGUUGUACCCGAAGGUCUGGGUCUGGUUGCACAGAGAGAUAUAGCUGAAAACGAGGUCGUUUUAAAGGUACCCAGAAGGCUCUGGAUAAACCCAGAAACAGUCUCAGCUUCAGAGAUUGGGGAUGUGUGUAAUGGGUUGAAGCCUUGGGUCUCUGUUUCCCUGUUUCUGAUCAGAGAGAAGCUGAGAGAUGACUCGCUGUGGCGAUAUUACUUUGAUAUUCUUCCACAGUACACCAAUUCUACCCUAUAUUGGUCAGAAGAGGAGCUAUCAGAGAUUCAAGGAACCCAACUAUUGAGCACAACAUUAGCUGUGAAGGAAUAUGUAAAGAGUGAAUUUCAGAAAGUCGAAGAAAAAAUCAUACUUCCUCAUAAGCAUCUUUUCCAAUUCCCUAUAACAUUGGGUGACUUCUUCUGGGCAUUUGGGAUACUCAGAUCAAGGGCAUUUUCCCUUCAUGGUCCAAAUCUAGUUGUGAUACCUCUUGUGGACUUGAUCAACCACAGCUCCAGUAUAACGACAGAAGAUCAUGCUUCGGAGAUUGAAGGACCAGCAGGCCUUUUCUCUUGGGAUCUCUUAUUUUGUUUACGGUCCCCAGUUUCAGUCAAGGCUGGCAAGCAGAUUUUCAUCCAAUAUGCUUUGAAUAAGAGCAACGCCCGGUUGGCUUUUGACUACGGAUUCAUUGAAUCAAGGUCAGACCGCAAUGCAUAUACCCUAACUCUAGAAAUAUCUGACUCAGACCCAUUUUUUGGGGACAAAGUGGACAUUGCCAAGUCAAAUGGUCUGGGUAAAACUGCAGAUUUUGACAUAAAUUUAGACCAUUCUCUUCCACCAGCACUGCUUCCAUACCUGAGGCUGGUGGUGCUUCAGGAAACGGAUGCUUUCCUCAUGGAAUCUCUCUUCAGGAACUCCAUUUGGGGCCACCUUGAAUUCCCUGUUAGCCGUGCCAAUGAGGAGAUUGUAUGCCAAGUGGUUCGAAAUGCCUGCAAAUCUGCUCUUUCUGGCUACCGCACAACCAUUGAAGAGGACGAGAAGUUGAUGGAAGAAGGGAAUCUUGAUCCAAGGCUUGAGAUAGCAAUUGGGAUAAGAGCAGGGGAGAAAAAGGUGCUGCAACAAAUUGAUGGGUUUUUUGAGGAGAGGGAAAUGGAAUUGGAUGAGUUAGAAUAUUAUCAAGAAAGGAGGCUGAAAGACCUCGGUCUGGUUGGGGACCAAGGUGAAAUUAUCUGCAGGGAGCUCAAGUAGGAUAUGUAGGUGUCUUCCUCGGAACGGUGCCUGUGCACCGAGGGCAGAAUUUCACUCCACCAGCUGUUUCUGAGAUGAGGAAUAUUACUUCAGCAACAUAACUUUUGGAGUUCUAGAUGAAUGGUGGGGAAAAAAAAAUGCACAGACGAUGAGGACUCAUAAUCAUGUUUCCAGGAGGUUUCAGCUAGGGUUUUUCAACAUGGAUCAGUAGUAGUUGUUGCUGCCCAGACUUUUGAUUGCUCUCUUAUUUCCUCCUCGUUUUUUGUGUACUAUUAUUUUUUGAGAUAUUUUAUGUAAAUGAGAAUUCAUCAAAGAAAUUCGAGAAAUUUUCUA